AUGUCCGAAUCAGACACCUCUGAAGUUGAUAUUUCAUUAAAUCAACAAUCUCCAACUCAACUGCCCCAACUUUCACAAGAAACCAAACCUAAAAAGAAAUCAGUUGGAUUUGCUGCUGCCCCAGAAGAGGACCUUAGAGAACAUCACAAAGUUUUAAAACAAAAGGAAGAGAUCAAAUUGAAGUCAUCUCCAUUUCAUAAAAUCCCGGCUGAAUUGGCAUAUUUAGAAAAAAGAAAUUCCAAAAUAGAUCCCAAACCAAUCAUUGAUAAAAAUGCCAAUCAUGCCCCAGCACCCAAUAGUAGAUUCCGAUUAAAAGACUUGCCUGAUUUGAGCAAAUUGAAAUUUUUUGAUGUCAAGAAUAUUUCCGUGCAAAAUAAAGAAACCGAAUUGCAGUUUCAUUAUACUACUAUCGAUUUACCACCAAGAUCCGAUAGUGUCAUUGUUGAUAUCAAAUUUGGAGGAUUGAACUCAUUGGAUUAUGCUAAGAUUAAUCAAUAUGUGUUGAAUCUUAGUAAUGUCAAAGUUGGAAUGGGGUAUGAGUUUUCUGGGGUUAUCACCAACGUUGGUUCCUCUAUGGCCAAGAAUUACUCUGUUGGAGAUUAUGUUUUUGGAUUGAUAGACCCUACAUCAAGACGUGGAUCAUUAUCAACAAGUCAGUUGAUUUAUCCUAACCGAGAUAUAUUGAUAAAAGUUGAUGAAGAAACUUUAAAUAAGCUUCAUGAAGUUGAUAUCAAUGUAAAUACUACUGAAGUUGGGAAGGAUUUUCAAGUUGAAGAAGAGGAUGAAUUCUCAACAACCCCAGACGAGGAUAACAAAGAUGAGGUGACAGCAGCAGAUCACAACAAUUCUGGAUCGCAUAAUACAUUUCCUCCAUUGGCAAAGUUAUGUUCUUUCCCAUUAUUAUACAACCAUUCCAAACAAUUACUUCAACACUUGAAUCCAAAAAAUACUGAGGCAAAUAUUUUGAUCAAUGGUGCUGACACAAACCUUGGAUUAACAUUACUACAAAUCUUGUUGACAGAAUAUCCGAACCUUGAAUAUAUGAAGCUUGUUUUGGUUAUUCGAGAGAAAUCUUUGAAAUUUAUGGAACGUAUUGUUGAUCAAUUUCAAAAAAGAUAUUAUAAUCCUUCUCAAGCCAGAGAUUUUAAAAUUAUAAGUUUUGAUUUAUUUAAUGAUGGAUUGUACUUUGCUGGGGAAAAAAUCCCCGUCAAUUUCAAGAAACCAAAUUUUUUUGCUAGUGAAGUGAUCAAUGCAUUAUUAGUACCUCUUCGUCAUGGUGGCAGUGAAGAACAACAACAAAAAAUUAAUGAAGCAAACAUUAAUGAUUAUAAAUUGGAUAUGAUUGUCGAUUUAAUUGGAUGUAAGAAAUAUUUCCAAACCACUAGUACCAAAAUCAAUGAAAUUGAGAAUAUUAAUUUACCAUUCAAACAGAAUAUAUCCACUUCUCUUGGGAAAUUAUUUAAUGGGAACGUUAAGGAACCUUUGUUGGCACGGAUUUUAAAACCGAAAAAGUAUGGAUCUAGUUUGGUUAGUGCAUGCAAUUUUGAUACCAAGGAGCCAACGUAUGAUAUUGAUCAUUUGGUUAGUUUCCAAGAAGGUAUAUUAAAUCCAUGGUCAAGUUCUUGGACGAGCAGUUUGUUGAACAAUUGGACAAAUUAUAAUUAUCACCAGGAAACAGGAUUGAGUUUCAAACUGCAAUGGUGUCAACAGGCUUUGGAUUUGGUACUUGAUGAUAAGUUGAAGUUCAAAAUUGAUGGAUUGACAGAAUGGAAAAACUUUAAAAAGAAGGAUGUAAGAGUUGACGAUGCUAAGUAUAUUUUGCAAGUUGAAGACUUUUAG